AUGCCGCCGUCCAUCCGGAAGAGACAGAGCUCCGCUCUGCAUGCAGCAACUUUCUUGUGCAGCCGGUCGGCUGGUUCCGCAGAGACGGAGGCGGCUCCGUCGAAGCCCCGCUUCCACCUGGACCUCUGGCUCGGGUUCACCGUCCAGAACUGGAUCCUGCAUGUGGGCCGGCCUGUUGCCAUGCUCGUCCUCCCGGCAGACUGGUUUCCUCCGAACCGUCCCGGUGCUGCAGAAUAUCUCCACAUACUGUACAACAUCACCACUCCGCUGCUGCUGCUCAAAAUGCUCGAACGCAGCCCCAGGAUGCCGCCCCUCCCGGCCGUCCAGCUCGGGAUCGUCGCCGUCGUCAUGGCAACCGGCUUCCACCUGGCGGCCGACUCCGUCACCCGUCGGCUCCUGCUGACCGGCUACCAGCUGCACCUGUCUGUCAGAGAGAAUCCAGUCAUGCAGAACCUCAGACCCGCCUCCCUGAUCGAUGCCAUUGAGCUUCUGUUUUACUAUGACGACACCCUUGGUCAUCUGAUGUGGUACAUCCCUCUCUUCCUCAUCCUCUUGCUCUUCUUCAGUGGCUGUUUCCGCCACAGGAGGCAGGAGGAGAGGAUGCCUUCAGCAGCGUGGAUGCUCCUCGUUCCAAACGCCGCCUACUACUGGUUCCUGGUCACUGAGGGACAGGCCUUCAUCCUCUUCAUCUUCACCUUCUUCGCAAUGACCGCCACAGUGAUGCACCGGAGAAGGCGGGGCCAGGUUCCCGACAGCAACGGUCUCUUCCUGCUCUACAGUUUCUUGGCAGCUCUGUUCCUGGUGGCGGUCUGGGUGGCCUGUCUGUGGAACGACGCCGUCCUGAGGAAGAAACACCCCGGGCUGAUCUACGUCCCGCAGCCUCGUGCUGUCUACACCCUCCUCCUCCACCAGAGCACCCAGACCUAA